CCGUAAGCCCAUAUGACUCAGAAAAGUUUUUUUCUUCCUGACUUUCAGUGAGGGAAUCCAGCAUUUCUUUUCAAAUAUGCCUGGAAGUGAUGGCAUCUUUUCCCUUAAGUGCAUCCAGGGAGGUGGAACUGGCGUUAGGAACUGGACUGUUUGCAGGCAAAGCUUCAUGGUGAUGUUCCCAGGAACUGUAAUGUUUGUCUCUGCAGGUCUGGCACAUGGAAAGCCCAGAGGCACUGAAGUAUCCCACUCAAGCAGCCAAGUGUUAACAACCUCUCCAAAGUCUAAUUUGCCUUUGAUAUAGACUUAAUUGUUUGCGUCACCCACUGGGCUAGGGGGAGGGCUAUAUAAAGGGGCUGCAGCCAUUGUCUGAGGCAGAAGAGAGCCCAGAAACAGCUCCCUCUCCCAGUCUUCCUAAUUCAGCACAGUAGUCACAGCCUGUACAUCAUGCAGCUGGUGGCCAGCCUGGUGUCCGUUCUGCUGCUGGUGUGGAGCGUGAGAGCCACUGCCCUGCCUGGAGAAGAGAGACUGGCAAUACAGAACACCAGGGAACAGAGCACAGUCCGGAAAGAUGCCAUCCUGAAGAUGCUGGCGGGCCUGCUGGACGGCGUGGAUGUGGGGCGUGAGGUGGCCUCCCCAGACGUGGAAGAGGAGGGCAAGCUGGAGGAGGAGCGGGUGGUGCUGGGGCGGCUCGCCCAGCUAUCCCAGCGGGACCGCAAGGCCCCCUGCAAAAACUUCUUCUGGAAAACCUUCACCUCCUGCUAGUGCCACCCAGCCUGGCCCUGCUGGGCCGCCCAGUCACAACCCCCCGCCCUUCCCCUUGGCCACCCUGUUCUCUAAGCUCCCUUCCUUCUCCACCCCUGAGAAUAAAGCAUGGCGCCUCGGG